UGUUCUGACGAUCGCACCCCUCCCUCCGCCGCACUCGCCCUUGCAAGCAGGCUCCUCCCGCCCCCCGCAUUGCUGAUGCUGCUGCUGGCCGACAUGGACGUGGUGAAUCAGCUGGUGGCUGGGGGUCAGUUCCGGGUGGUCAAGGAGCCCCUCGGCUUUUUGAAGGUGCUGCAAUGGGUCUUUGCCAUCUUCGCCUUUGCCACAUGUGGCAGUUACAGUGGGGAGCUUCAGCUGAGCGUGGAUUGUGCCAACAAGACCCACAGUCUCCUCAACAUCGAGGUUGAAUUCGAGUACCCCUUCAGGCUGCACCAAGUGUACUUUGAUGCACCCGACUGUAGAGGGGGCACUUCCAAAGUCUUCCUACUGGGAGACUACUCCUCAUCAGCGGAAUUCUUUGUCACCGUGGCAGUCUUUGCCUUCCUCUACUCCAUGGGGGCUCUGGCCACCUACAUCUUUCUGCAGAACAAGUACCGAGAAAACAACAAAGGGCCCAUGCUGGACUUCCUCGCCACGGCUGUGUUUGCUUUCAUGUGGCUGGUUAGCUCAUCAGCAUGGGCCAAGGGCCUGUCGGAUGUGAAGAUGGCCACAGACCCAGAGACCAUUAUCAAGGAGAUUCCUAGCUGCCUCCAGAAGGAGAAUACAUGCAAGGAGAUAAGAGACCCUGUGACCUCUGGCCUCAACACCUCCGUGGUGUUCGGCUUCCUGAACCUGGUGCUCUGGGUCGGCAACCUGUGGUUCGUGUUCAAGGAGACAGGCUGGGCCGCCCCAUUCCUACGUGCACCUCCUGGCGCCCCCGAGAAGCAACCGGCGCCUGGGGACGCCUAUGGCGAGUCGGGCUAUGGGCAGGGCCCUGGUGGGUAUGGGCCCCAGGACUCCUACGGGCCCCAAGGAGGCUACCAGCCUGACUACGGGCAGCCAGCCGGCGGCGGUGGCGGUGGCUAUGGGCCUCAGGGCGACUACGGGCAGCAAGGCUAUGGCCCUCAAGGUGCGCCCACCUCCUUCUCCAAUCAGAUGUAGUCUGGUCAGUGGAACCCAGGAGGACCCCAUGGGUGGGCAAGAGCUCAGGAGAAGGCCUGCCCCCCUUCUCACCUCUAUACCCCAGGUCUCCACCUCUCAAGCCAGGAGACCCUUAACUGUCUUUGAUUUUAUAUAUAUAUAUAUAUAUAUAUAUAUAUAUAUAUAUAUAUAUAUAUAUAUAUACCCUGUCCCCACUCUACUCCACUCAUGCAUUAGGGGCUCAAUCUUUAAUGGGCCCCUCUCUUACCCCUAGCCCUUUCCCUGCAUCCCUUGGCCCCUCUCUGUUCCCUGGCCCUGUACCCUGAAGUUGGAGAGGACUCUGAAAGAGGGACAGGGAGGAGACAGACCUUGGCUAUGUGGGGAGGGUAGGCUUGACUUCAGUCUCUCUCCCCUCUCUCCCAUCCUUCCUCCCAACUCUGGCCUUGAUUUCUUCAGCAAUGUUUGAACAAGGACCAUUACAGAAAAUUCAACCCUAAGUAGGGUGGGAGGGGGGAGAAAGGCAGAGAUUGGAGAGGUUGGGACCCAAGAUGGUCUUGGAGAGGAGCUCUGGGGUGGAGGGGACUAAUAAGCAGGAAGUUUGGUUCCAGACAUACUGGAAGUAUAAUCUAAAGGAGAAGGAGAGGGGUGCCCUACAGCAUUCUGGAGGGGAGCUUGGAAGGAGGCUGAGGGUGAGAUUCUAGAAAGAUCAGACCUUUGAGUGAGGCAGCAGGUGGGCCCCAAAGUGAUCAAGGCUUGUAGUAGGACUUGGUUCUAUGGAAGGGAUGUGACUUGGGGGCCUGGGGACAGGGUUUGGAAAAACACUGAGAGUUCUAGAGGGGUGGGGCUUGAACCAGGCGGUAGGUGAAGCUCCAGAGUGGGCAGGUCUUGGAUUGGGACCAGAGUCUAUGGGAGGGGUGUUGCUUGGAACAUUUGGGAGAUUGAGUUUGACUCUAAAUCGGACAGGCAGGAAGGGUGAUUAAGUAAUGGACUGCUGUUGGAGUGAGAACUUGGUCAGGAUUCUAGGUGGGGCGGGGCUUAGAGUGGAAUAUGCCUGGUGGUUUCCGAAGGGACAGCCUGACCAACCACUCCGCAAUGGAGCAAUGACAAGAAUAUGUUUUAAAGUGGGCAGGUUUGACAGUGGCUAGGGAUUGCUGGAUGGGUUUUGUAAGUGGUGGGGAGAAUAUCCCUGGCCAAGACAAGGGACUGAGGGGGCCUGUGGAGACCUGAGAGGUAUGGCAUGGAGGGUAAAGGGUGGGAUCCAGAGAGAAGCAACCACAUAUAUCCUUGCCCACCUCCACCACAGGACUGCUAGGUAAUCAGAGAACAGAGCCAAUGGGCCUGUGGGGCCAGUCCACCCCUCUCCCCUCUUCUCCUGCCUCCUCCCUCCCUCCACAUCCCACCUGUACCGGGGUGGUUGGAGGCCCGGUCUGGAGCCCCUCUCCUACACCUUCUGCUGUGUCUGUGAUGUCGGUAGUGCCUGUGACUGUGUGUUGCCAUUUUGUCUGGCUGUGGCCCUUCCCCCUCCCCUCCAGACCCCCACCUUUUCCCUUGCCUUUCGGUAUUGUUUGAAGACUCCCUCCCAAAAGAAGAACAAAUAUGAUUAAUUAUCCUCCUCUAAAUAAACUCCUCAACCAACUAG